CAUCAUCAUCUUCUUCUUCUUCUUUUACAAUUAAUUCAGAGUGAAUUUGAUUUUCCAUACUUUUUUAUUCUAUAAAUAUAUUUACAUUCAAUACAGUUAUAUUUAAUAAUAAAUAAAUACAAAUACUAAACUCAUACAUUUUUGUAGGAUAGAUUUUUGGAGAAUAAUUUAGUACAAAUAUAUUACAUUUACAAAAUUUGAUUUAAUGCUUUGUUUUAUAAUACAGAUUAAACACAUAUUAUAUUACAUACUAAAAAUAAAAUUUUUUACCUCUAAUUUUUUCCUCUAUAAAUAAUAUAUAUAAACGAUUUAUUUAGUCGAUUAUUAUAAUUAAAUGUAUAUACGCAUUCAUAAAAACGAACUUUGAAAAUCUUUAAAUCUUAAAGGAUUCAUUCAUUACAGAUUUCAUACAGAGGUUAUAAUUUCAUUAUUAUGUGACAUAUAUUAUUAUAUUUUUAUAAUUCUUAUAAUGUACUGAAUAAUGAUGGAUAUAAAUAUUUUCACAAGAAUUUUAAUUCAAUUAAACAAUACAUAAAUACUUGUGUAAAAGAAUAGAAUCACAGCAAUCUAAAUAUAUAUGUUGUACAUCUGAAUAAGGUUUUCCACAGAAUAUUUUAAAACAAAGUUUUUGAAACUUAUAUUUGUAUUAAUCUUAAUACACGUUAACUUUAUGGAUUGAGUAAUCUAUUCUACAAAAAUAUGAGUAAUUUUAUAAGAACUCUAAUAUUUAAAAAGGUUAUAAAACCGCUACAUAUAGACAAUGUAUGUGAAUAUAAAAUUAUGUCUAAUUUGUAUGUCACAUUUAGAAAGAAGAUUGAUACAUAUACCUUUGUACUUCCUUUAAAAUCAAAAAAUUAUGAUUUAACAAAUAAAAUUAAAAACAUAAAUGAUUUAAGGAGUACUUUUGAUAGUGUUGCAGUUGAAAAUAAUAUCAUGUAUUUCAAUGUGUUAAGAGAUAAUUAUAUAAAACAAAUUUUAGAAAAUAAUAUGUUUGGUGUUAGACCACCACUUGCAGAUAAUUAUAAGAAUAUUAUAGUGGAAUUUAGUUCACCAAAUAUUGCUAAACCUUUUCAUAUGGGACAUCUACGUUCUACUAUUAUAGGAAACUACAUUGCUAAUCUAAAUAGUUUUUUACAAAAUCAAGUUACAAAGAUAAAUUAUUUGGGUGAUUGGGGUACACAGUUUGGUUAUGUUUAUAUAGGAAUGAAAAUGAAAAAUAUUGAUAAUAUAGAAAUGCAUACAGAUCCCAUUAAAACAUUGUAUACAUCUUAUGUUGAUGCUAAUAAAUUAGCUGAAAGUAAUCCAAAUAUACAUAAGCGUGCUAAAGAAAUAUUUCGGCAACUAGAAUUUGAAGAUGAUGAGGUUUAUAAGAAUUGGGGAAAAAUUAAGCAAUUUACUGUCUUAGAGUUGGAAAAAACUUACAAAAGACUAAGUGUAAUAUUUGAUCAAUAUGAGUGGGAAUCCAUGUAUAAUGCUAAAAAAGUAAAUAAAAUAAUUAACAAAAUGGAAGAAAUGCAGUUAUUAAAAUUAGAUAAUGACAAUAGGAAAGUAAUAGCUGUGAGUAAAGAAAAAAAUCCAGUUCCAAUAAUGAAAAGUGAUGGUACAAGUCUGUAUAUAAGUCGAGAUAUUGCUGCUGCUAUUGAUAGAUUUGAGAGAUACAAUUUUGAUGCUAUGUAUUAUAUUGUAGAAAAUGGUCAGACUGAUCAUUUUAAUAAUUUAAUUCAAAUUUUAAAUAAAAUGAAUUUAUCUUGGGCAGAUAGAUUAAAACAUGUUAAAUUUGGAAAAGUACAUGGUAUGAGCACAAGAAAAGGUACAGCAGUAUUUUUGGAAGACAUUUUGAAUAAAGCAAAAGAAAUUAUGAGAGAAAGACAAUUAAAAGCAAAGACAACUAAAAUUCCACUAGAUAAAAUAGAUGAAUCAUCUGAUAUUUUGGGUGUUUCUGGUGUAAUUAUUCAAGAUUUAAAACAAAGUAGAAUGAAUAAUUACAAGUUUGAUUGGGAUUUAAUGCUUAAUAUGAAAGGUGAUUCUGGAAUAAAAUUACAAUAUACACAUUGUCGUUUAUGUAGUUUGGGAGAAUUAUCUGAUGCUACAUUAGUAACAAAAUGCGAUUCAGCUCUUUUAAAAGAACCAGAAGUUGAUCAGUUAAUUUUAUUAAUUAGCCAAUUUGAUGAAGCUGUGCUUAAAUCUUAUGAAGAAUUAGAACCACAUAUAUUAACAAUUUAUCUUUUUCCAAUCAAUAUGGGCUGGCAUAAAUUGACUAUAAAAAAUGAAUCAAAGGAUUUAGGGAAUCAAAGACUACUAUUAUUUCAUACAGCAAAAAUUAUUCUUGCUCAAGGUAUGAAAUUACUUGGUUUAACACCUCUUGAAAAAAUGUAAGAAAAAAAAAUAAAAUUUUUAUACUAAAUAAAAAUGUUAUAUUUAAUACAUAUAAUAUUUAAAUCAUCAUGAUUAUACGUGUAAGUAGAUUAUAUAAUAUUCAAAGGUAAUAAAUAAUAAAUUUCCAGGAAAAAUUUUAAUUAAUAAUUUUAUUGAUCAAUUACUUUUUCGUCGUAUUUUUUUCUACAGAAUAUCCACUUUAUAAUAACAUGCAUUCUAUUUUGAAAUAUUUAAUGGAUAUUUUACAAAAAUUUAUUCAAAUUUAAUUUCAGUGUAGGAAAAAUGAAAAAAGAAAUUAACGUUUCUUCCAUGUAA